AUGCAGCAGAGAGCCCGAGCCGAGGGCGCUGAAGGCGACCCAUAUAACAUCACCAUUGAGGAGUUGAACCGGUAUUUCGCGGACACGUGUGAUCCGACGAAAGAGCGGAUGAAGUUUCGGGAGUUGGUGAUGGGAUCGGAGGAGCCGUUUGCGGACUGGGUGUUGAGACUGGAGGCGCAAGCAGCAGUGUGUGAAUUCGAGGCGGCGCAACGAAAGGAGGAGAUCUUGCAGGCGAUCACGAGAAGAUCGACACCAGGAAUAGCUGGCAAGCUGUAUGAGAUGGCCAGCUGUUUUGACAAUAAUUUGGAAAAGCUGAUCAGCCAUGGCAGACAUCUGGAUUUCAUGCGGAGUGAGAUAGUCGGAAAGCCGGAAGAAGCGAGGACGGCGGAAACCAACAAGGAGAAUGGUGGCAGAGCAGACGAAUCGGUGAAUGCGCUCCGGGUUCAGAAACAGGUAGCCCGGCGGGCGUACCCGUAUCGGAUGGGGCCAAGGGAGGUGACGAAAAACGAACCUCGCAGCAGGAAUGGUGUAGACAACUGGCGAAGCAACAGGUGCCCAAAGUGUGAUCGCACGCACACCUGGG